AAGGUACAGAAUAGAAUGACCAGUGAGCACUUUCUACUACUCUACAUGACUGGAAGGACGCGGAUCUGAAGAUUUCUACCCCUCCCACAGCUUCCAAAAACUUCAGGUCAGCAGAAGACGAGCAUGAAGCUGAGAGACGCCGAUCUCUCUCCCAUCAGAAGACUGAAUUUCUAAGCAUUGCUGACUCCCAAAGUAGCCUUCGGGAUGGCGGAGAGGAACGUCACAGACACCAGUCUCCUUCGGCAAACCUCGGCGCUGCUGCUGAAGAAUCUGCUCCUCAAGUGGAGGAGGAAGUGUUCUACCAUAUGGGAAUGGAUACAGAACUUGGCGUUCGUUCUCUUGAUGUUGAUAUUAAUCAUCGAUGGGGAACAUCAUUUCCUGGAAAGUAUAGAGCGCUCCCCUGUGGAAGAGGUCGGCUCUUUGGAUGGCUUUGACAGCUCCAGGCUAACAGUCGGAUAUGUACAUAGUCCUCCAUCCAUUAGAGAGAUAAUGAAGAAGGUGGCUGGGAGCGGCAUGAUACCAGCAGAAAAUUUUAAGGAAUACGGAGAUAAAAAUGAGAUGCUGCAAGCCAUGCACAGGAACCUGACAGCGGCCGUCAUUUUCGAGGACCUCUUCCACUACCACAUCAGAUACAGCAUGUCCAACAUAACGUUUCCGAAUGAAUACCUCUCACACAUGGGAAGCUGCCAUGCAAGCUCGAAUUCAUGCACCCCCUUACGGUACUGGAAAAGUGGGUUCCUCUCACUACAAGCAAGUAUCGACGCCGCCAUCAUCGAAAUGACCACCAACCGUUCUGUAGGGAAGAACUUGGCUUCCAUCAGGGUCAUGAAAAUGUUGUCUCCAGUCUACACGUGGAGGAACAACCUGCACAUCGGAUCAUGCCUGCUCUUCAUAAACCUGAGCUUUGUGUCCUUGAUGUAUCUCCUGUCGCUGUAUGUCUCAAGAGAGCGGCGUGAGAUGAGAGAGAUUCUGCGAAUGAUGAGGAUGAGAGAUUCUGCUUUCUGGUUAUCCUGGGCGCUACUGUACACCGUCUACGUGUUAAUCAUGGCAACUUUACUGGCACAGCUUACACAAGAUUUAGUGUUUCUGAACAGCUCCUAUGGCCUACUCAUGCUGUUGUUUUUCCUCUAUGGGAUAUCAUCGAUGUGCUUCACCUUCAUGCUGAUCGCUCUUAUCAGGAGACCUCGAGUUACCGCCAUCGCAGGAUUCUUCAUUACAUUCUUCCAAUCUGUUCUCAGCCUCAUUCUGUUCAUGAAAGAUCUCCCCAAAUCUAUUGAGGUCCUUCUAAGCAUCUUCCCUACUUUUGCCUUCUCGGUUGGAAUCACACAGAGUAUAUAUAUGGAGUAUGACUCUCAGGGUCUCCACUUCUCUGACAUGAUGAAUGACUCCUCUCACGUGCUGUUCAGCUACAUCUUCCUCAUUGUGGACGCAGUUUUCUACAUGAUGUUGACACUUUAUUUCGAGAAGAUUUUGGCAGAUAAACAUGGUAAGAGGUACGAACUGCUCUUCUUUUUGAAAUCUUCAUUCUGGUCAAAAGGGAACCCAGUCUCCGUAAAGAUGGAGGAGUACGGAAGCAACGAGGCGCCAUCAGGAGAUUUCGUAGAAAAAGUCUCCGCAGAAUUACUGGGAAAAGAAGCUGUAAGGAUAAAUCAGGUUAGGAAGACGUUCACCAACUUGGAUAAAAAGGUUGAAACCUUGAGAGGACUAAACUUAAAUAUAUAUGAAGGGCAAAUUACGGCUCUGCUCGGACACAGCGGUGCAGGAAAAACAACAUUACUUAAUAUCCUUAGUGGGAUGUGCCCAGCGACUGGUGGCUCGGUCUCGGUGUAUAGCUACAGUAUAUCAGAUAUGGAGCACCUGGAAGAGACAAAGAAGAGACUUGGCUUCUGCCCUCAGUUUGAUGUGAAGUUUGACCCUUUAACUGUAAAAGAAAAUCUGAAAGUAUUUGCCAAUAUAAAGGGAGUCCCAUCAAAGCAAGUGAAUCAAGAGGUACAAAAAAUGAUCUCAGAUUUGCAGAUGGAGAACAUUGAGAAUGUUGAGGCCGGUAAAUUAAGUGGAGGACAGAAGAGGAAGCUGACACUGGCGAUCGCUCUCUUGGGGGACCCCCAGAUUCUUCUCCUGGAUGAGCCCACUGCAGGGAUGGACCCGUGUUCUCGCCACCACAUUUGGGCUCUGCUGAAAGAACGCAAAGUCAAUCGGGUGACCAUGUUCAGUACCCAGUUUAUGGAUGAGGCAGAUAUACUUGCUGAUAGGAAAGCUGUGAUAUCUAACGGAAGACUGAAAUGCGUUGGAUCAUCCCUGUUCUUAAAGAGAAAAUGGGGCAUUGGCUAUCAUUUAAGGAUGCAGGUGAUCCCGUCCUGUGACCCUGAACAGAUGACCUCCAUCAUCAAGCAGCAUAUACCCAGCGCUAAGCUGUCCAUGCAGAAUGAGGAACAGAUCACCUACACAUUGCCAUUUGAAAACAUGGACUGCUUCUCAGAUCUUUUUGCUCACCUGGACAGGCGUGUAGGACAGGACAUUGUAACUUAUGGAGUCUCCAUGACCACACUAGAUGAUGUUUUCAUCAAACUGGAAGGAGAAGCAGAACUUGAAAAAGGAGAUUACAGUGUGUUUGGCCAGGAUCAGCAGAUGGCAGAUGACACCUUCUCAGCAGAAAUGGAGGAGUCUCUCUUACUGAUGUCAGACUCAGGAAAUGCGACACUAAGCGAUUUCCCGCUCUGGAGACAACAAGUACUGGCCUCUGCACGCAUUCGAUACCUGAAGCUGAAACAUGACAGAAAAAUCCUCAGAUCCAUAUUCCUGAUGUUUGCCGUGUUCAUUCUUCCAGUCAUUGUGCUCAUCAUAUUCAUCAGUGUGCUACCUUUAAUGGAUUCUCUGGAGCUUUCUCCAAAUCUCUACUUCUCCAGACCAAGGGAUCGAUUCCAUGGCUACUACACCAACCUCCUGGUCCACAAUAACACAGGCUCCCCUAUAGAAGACUUUGUCCAGGCCGUGCAAGCGCAGAAUAUCGUGGUUGAUGUUGUUGAUGGAGAAUAUGAUCUAAACACUGAAAAAUACAAGGGAGCCAUUGAGGUCUCUCGUGGAGAAAAGGGCUAUAGCUUUCAGAUCGUUGGAAACACCAAAGCAAUUAGUGUAUUACCCGUACUUGUGAACAUCAUCAGCAAUGCUUUCCUGAAGAUGUGCCAGUCUGCGAACCUCAUCCAUGUGUGGAACAAUCCCAUACCAAAUAAGGAUCUAAAUGAUUUAGAUGUAGAUUACACAAUGAUUGUAAUGUACACCAUGUUCGCUGCCAGUCUCUCCCCUCACUUUGCCAUGAGCAGCAUCAGUGACAAUAAGAUCAAAGCUCGGUGCCAGCUGCGGUUAUCUGGCCUCUUCUCAUCAGCGUACUGGCUUGGCCAAGGUUUAGUGGACAUCACUUUCUAUUGUCUUCUGCUGUACCUGUUGACAGCACUAUUUUUUGCUUUUAACCACCACAUCGUCUUAUCGUUUGGGGUGGCCAUGUUGCUGGUCGUCAGCAUCAUCACCUACAGCGCAGCGAUGGUCUUCUACGUCUACAUAUUUGCUUUUCUUUUUGGGAAGAAUAAAACCCAUUUUGACUCCUGGUCCUUGUUCUUUGUGGUUUCUUCCUUUAUACCCUUGACCAUCACGGACUUGUUGAGCAAAUACAUUCCGGGUGAAGGCAUCCUGUAUAGCUUAUUCUUUCCCAGCAGUAGUCUUGGAAGAAUCCUGUUGAAUAUAUUGUUCAAUAUAUUUGAAAGUGAUGUGAACAAUCAAUAUGAUUACUUCAUUGCCAUUGUGCCCUUCAUACAAAUCUUCUUGUUCUUUGGGAUUCUGUGGUUCCUGGAAUGGAUGUUUGGAAAGAAGACCAUCAAGAGAGAUCCAGUCUUCAGAACCUACAGGAAGAAAACGAAACUGAAGAAAAACCCGGAGGCGCUGGAAGGACCUGAGGAUGUCUUGGCAGAAAGAGAAAAGGUGGAAACCCUGCUGUCUUCUAGAUGUUCGGAGGAGAAGCCGGUGAUCCUUGUGGACAGCCUGCGCAAAGAAUACAAGGUCCGGACGGGCUGCUCCCUGCUCAAGAAACAGAGGAAAGUGGCCACAAGAAAUAUCUCAUUUCACGUCAAAAAAGGUGAGGUGCUUGGUCUAUUAGGACCCAAUGGAGCAGGGAAAACCACAUCUGUGUACAUGCUGACGGGUGAGGAGGAACCAACUGCAGGCAACGUAGAGCUGUGCGGGGUCGGAUCCCCUGUGUCCCAGAAGACGGACGAGUGCACUGCCUUCCUUGGCUAUUGUCCUCAGAUGAGCACCUUGUGGCCUAGCCUGACCGUGAAGGAACAUCUAGAGAUUUAUGCUGCUGUGAAAGGCCUGAGGAAUGAAGAUGCGAACACGGCCAUCAGACGCGUCACUGAUGCUUUGGAGCUGAAAGACCAGUUGGGAAAUCCGGCCAAGAAGUUAUCUGCUGGAGUGUCCAGAAAGGUGUGUUUUGCCAUCAGUAUGCUGGGGAACCCCACCAUUGUGCUCCUGGAUGAACCCUCUACUGGGCUGGACCCGAGAGGUCAGCAGCGUCUCUGGCGAGCCAUCAGAGCGGCUUUCAAGAACAAGGAUCGGGGGGCCAUACUGACCACCCACUACAUGGAGGAGGCAGAGGCUGUGUGUGACCGCGUCGCCAUCAUGAUUGCCGGCAAGCUCAGGUGCAUCGGCUCCAUACAGGAACUGAAGAGCAAAUUCGGCAAAGACUAUCUGCUGGAGAUCAAAGUGAAAGAUCCGCUGCAGCAGCUGGAGGCCAUUCACAGGGAAGUGAUCCGCCUGUUCCCUCACGCAGCCAGACAGGACAGAUUCUCCUCUUUGCUGGCGUACAAGAUACCGAAGGAUGAUGUGGGCAGCCUGUCGCACGCCUUCUUUCUCCUGGAGGAAGCUAAGCGAGCGUACAGCAUAGAAGAGUACAGCUUCUCGCAGCCCACCCUGGAGCAGGUAUUCCUUGAGCUCGCCAAGGAGCAGGAGCUGGUGGACGCCGACGUGAGCCACAGCUUCCAAUGGAAACAACUGAGAGCAGAGGCGAUGUGAGGGCAGAGUCCACAUGUCUGCAGCCGGCAGGGGCGCACCAUGUACCCAUCACCAUGCCAAAGAAUGCAGCUCGCCCACAAUCCUGAAUGGCACAUCUAGACGUGAGUGCUGGACUGCGGCUUAAAGAAGCUAAUCCACCAUUCAGGAUUCUGGGGGCAACCCCCUACGGCAGCUAUUUCCU